AUGAGUACUCUCAGACCUUUGCGUGGUGGCUGCCAAUGCGGCCGAAACCGGUACAUUAUUGCUGUCCCACAGGAUGGCAUCAACGAGGCACAGGUCCUCUUCAACACUGAUUCUGCCCAUCAGACAUCCCUCGCAACCCCACUAGCCGCCUACAUUCGAGUUCCGUUGUCGUGGUACCACAGCACAACCUACUCUUUCUUUCCUGACGAGACACAUGCUUUGAUCCGACGUGUUUACACACACCCUAGCCAAGAAUACUCAAAACGUCACUUUUGCGGUUACUGUGGCACGCCCCUGUCCUACUGGUCUGAAAACCCCCACACUGAAGCCGAUUUUAUCAACCUCACGCUCGGCAGCUUGCUGAGGGAAGACCUGCGAGACCUCGAGGACAUGGGAUUGAUCCCCGAGGAGGAAGACAAUAAGACUUUAACUACACAACCAUCAGAGGUAGUGGGCAGGAACACAGCACUGCGCCAAUCGUACGGAGUCCCUUGGUUCGAUGGUAUGGUCGAAGGAACACGUCUGGGCAACAUGCGCCGAAGCCAAGGCGUCAAACAAUCGCAAGAUGGCCGAGUCAAGGUCGAGUGGGAGAUUGUUGAAUACUCAGGCAACGGCGACGAACCCAAUGGAUCUCCACAACAUGAUAUCGAUGUGGAAAUGUCAGUCCCCGGAAAGCGGAAGAUGAAGGACCGGGACGAUCUAGAAGCAGCUACUGGAGGGAACUAA